AUGUCUGAGAUUACAAAAGACGAAUUCAAAGAACACUUUGAAUCGGUGCUGAAUGCGAUUCUAAGUUCCGAUGUGCUGUCUACUGACAACAAACUGGCGGAUAUCUUGGGAAGAGCGAGGCAUCUUCUAAACUACACAGUUUCAGACGGCAAACUGAAUAGAGGGGUAAUAGAGGGAGAGGAAAAAGUUAACAAAGAUCCAUACCAGCUAAUCGAGAAUUCGAGAAGAAAUACUUCCGAUGAUGUUGAUGCGAGACACUUAUUAACAGAACAGGCUAUAUAUCUAGGAUGGGCAGUUGAAAUAUUGCAGGCGUUCUUUCUGGUUGCGGAUGACAUCAUGGAUCACUCUGAGCUGAGGAGAGGCAAGCCCUGUUGGUACAAAGUGGAAUCUGUUGGACUUGAUGCUAUAAAUGACACUCUCUUCUUAGAGCAGAUUGUCUACAAGCUGAUCAAAGGGCUCUUUUCCCAACUACCUUGCUACUUGAAGCUCAUCGAAGUAUUUCAGGAAAUAGUCUACAGAACGACAAUAGGCCAAACAAUGGAUUUGGUGACAGCGCCAGUCGGAAAACCGAAUCUGGAUAACUUUUCGGAGGAGCGUUAUAUCAGUAUAGCGACUUACAAAACGGCAUUUUAUUCAAUUUAUCUCCCAAUUGUAUGUGCAGUUUUGCUGAGCGGUCUUGACUCCGAAAAGAUGCUCAAGGAUAUUGAAGAUGUAUCAAUAGAUAUAGGCGUGUAUUUCCAAAUACAAGAUGACUUUCUUGACUUAUAUGGAGAUCCAGCAGUAACUGGAAAGAUCGGCACUGAUAUCCAAGAUAACAAAUGUUCUUGGCUAGUUGUACAAGCUCUGAAGCAUUGCAAUGAUGAACAAAAACAACUGCUUGCAGAAAACUAUGGCUAUUUCGACGAAUCAAAAAUCGCAAAAGUGAAGAAUGUUUUCGACCAGCUCGAUUUGAUGUCAAAAUUCUACCAUUACGAAGCAACGAGCUAUGAGAAAAUAAUGCUCAAAAUUUCAAAAUUUGAUCACAAAGGGGUUCAAAAAGCAUUUGAAACCCUAAUAGCCAAGCUCUAUAAACGUUGCAAGUAA